AUGUCGUCCCCAUCCGGCCAAUGGCCCUCAUCUGAGCACCCUUACUUGCUCAUCAGCGCUGGCGGCCAAGUCCAGGUCGUCAUCCCGGCUCACCUCCUUGUCGACCAAGGACCCCAAGCAGUCCUUGACGAGCUGAUGGCCAAGUACCCGCCGUCGCCGCCCCAGCAGCAGCAGCAGAACGACCUCUUCACCAACGAAGAGCUCGACGCCAUGGCCGAUUGGGCCAGCAGUCCGGCCGCUCCCUUCCCGCUCGACGACGAGCAGUUCACCUCCUCUCCUCCUCCGGCUCCUGCUGCUCCCGCUCCUGCGCCUGCUCUGGCCCCGGCCACUCCCACUCCCGCUCCCGCUCUGGCUCCUCCCGCUCCCCGCCAGCCCGCUCCUCGCCGCGGCCGCGGCAACAAGACGACGCCCCCCGGCUUCCCGGGCUACCGCUGGGUGGCGCAGACAGUGGCGCUGCAGGCGAGCCCGCGCCGGCCGCAAGUCCAGCUCGGCCACAUCUACGCCUACAUGCAGAAGGCGUGGCCGGAGCACUUCCGGUCCUCUGGCGCUGGCGCUGGUGGCUGGAAGUCUGGCGUCCGUCACGCCGUGCUCAAGCAUUUCAAGCGCGUGUCGGCCCCCCGUGGAGAAAAGGGGGUCUGGUACGAGCCGGACCCGGACAACGUGAUGACGGCGGAGGAGGCGAGGAGGAUUGUGAGGGCGGCUGGUGGUGGAGUGGGUGGUGGUGGUGAGAAUUAA